AUGUGUCGGUUUGUUAAUAGCGAUGUAUGGGGGGGGGGGGGGGGGGGGGGGGGUGGUAGUAGGUGGGGGGUAGGAGGGGGGAAGUGUUUGGGUGGUGGUUUGGUGUGGGUUGUUGGGGGGGGGGGGGGGUUGGGUUUGGUGGGGGGGUGUGUGUUGGUUUGUUCGGGGUUGGUUUGGUUGGGGGGGGGUUGGGUGGGGGGGGUUGUUUGGGGUAGUGUUUUGAGGGUGGUGGGGUGUUUAGUGUUUAUUUGGAUGGUGAGGGAUAUUGUGGGGAUGGGAUAUGAGGGGUUGUAG